AGGUAUUUGCAAGGAAAUGGAUAAAUGCAAUAGAAGGUUUAUCUGGGGGGAAGAUGACAAUAAAACCAAAUUCCACUCCAUAGCCUGGGAACACAUGACUCGACCGAGAGAUCAAGGUGGGGCUGGGGUUCGGCCUACUCGUCGGACCAACCUAGCCAUGUUAGCCAAGGGAGGAUGGAAGCUUGCUUCGAAUGACAAUACUCUUUGGGCUCAAGUGCUACGGGGAAAAUAUGGAAAGGAAAGGACUGGACCAAGUAUCCUUAAGAGAAUCAAGGGAAGUUCCUUCUCAUGGCAAAGCUUUUAUCAUGCUGCUGAUAUUGUGCGAAAGAAUUGUGCUAUGAAUGUGAGUAAUGGUCGUAGAACAAAAUUCUGGACUGAUUGUUGGGUGUUGCAGGUCCCCCUAAUCAACUUGGCGGUUGCGGAGAUUCCUAUGGAGAUCAGGGAAUGGAGGGUCAUCGAUCUUUGGGAUCCUGAUCAGGGGUGGAAAGUGACAGAGUUUGAACACCUCCUCCCUCAGGCAACGGUUGACUCAAUCCGCUCAGUCCUAGUUGACCCUAUGUCAACGGAGGAUGAUACCCUCAUUUGGAAGGAGUCAUCUAAUGGCACCUUCACCACGAAAUCGCCUUACAAAUCGAUGGACAAUCCCGAGCAAGGUUACCCGGAUGCCCUAUGGAAAAAGAUCUGGAGACUCAACACCCCUGAACGUGUUCGGACCUUCAUUUGGAUUGCGGCUAAGGGCUGUCUGGCAACGAAUAGUGUCCGCAAAUAUCGACACCUCACGGAGGAUGGUAAGUGCUCGCUCUGCAAUGAGGUGGAGGAAACUAACCUGCACUGUUUGCGUGAUUGCAGGAUAGCUCGAACGGUUUGGAACAGACUGAUUCCAAGCAACCGGAGACCCACGUUUUUCAUAGAUGACUAUGAUGAAUGGCUGAGGAGCAACAUCCGAGACGACUCAGAGGGUGCCUGGACUGGAGAUUGGGGCAGCUUCUUCUCCUUAGUAGCCUGGUACCUGUGGAAGCCUAGGAACGAGCAUAUAUUCCAAGGAAAAGUGAUGACAACCUCGACUCUCUUCAAUUAUAUCUCAAUCAAGGGUAAUGAGUGGGCUAAAACUUGGACAGCAGCAAGUCUCCAGCUGGAUGUGACUCAAAAACCUCAUCGUGCAGAAGAACUGAUUGGCUGGAAGCCCCCAAGGGCUGGAUGGAUCAAGUUGAAUACAGAUGGAGCUGCCCAGGGGAACCAUGGCCUCAUUUCAGCAGGUGGCGCUCUUCGGGAUGUCAAUGGCGAUUGGAUUGCAGGGUUCUGCAGUAAAAUCGGUACAGGUACGGCAAUUGAAGCAGAACUUUGGGGAAUCUAUAAAGGUAUUGAUCUUGCUUGGAACAAAGAAAUUAAAUUCUUGAUCAUAGAGACUGACUCCCAACUAGCCUUAGAUCUGCUGAACAAGAGAAUGAACCCGACUCACCCGCUAGCUACUCUCCUGCGAGCCAUCCGGAGGCUGAUUGCGCAAGAGUGGGUGGUUCAGUUAGUUCACACGUACCGCGAAGGGAAUAGAGUCGCGGACUGGCUCUCGAAGCACAGUCUCGUCUAUCCCUUCAGGACGUUUGAACUGCUGAAUCCCCCACCCGAAUUACAGAAAAUUUUACUGGAAGAUCUGAGGGGGAUAAGCUUCCUUAGACAGGUGGUCGUUUGAUCUUUGCAACUACCUUCCUCGAAGAUAACCUCUUGCCUUCUCCUGUAGUGGAAGCUUCUCUGGGCUUUUUGUGAUUUGUUUGUGACUACUUCUCUGCUGUCUGUUUCGCUCGACCUUGUUGGCUGAUGCCUUCGCUUUCUCCCCUGGUGAUCGGCAGUCUUGUUGCCGGCACCUCCCUUCAAUAAAAAAAAAUGUAUAAUCAAAUGGGCUUGAUGAACUGGAGCCCAAGAUCGGAAAUACCAAGUGUUUUGUCUUUGCCGAGCCCAGCUUCCUGAGUUUCUAAACCCAGUGGACCAGAACAGAUAGCAACUGCCGACAGGGGAUGCUCUGUUUAUUGAAAUCAACAGCUCAAACACACACAUUUCACAACAGAGAUAUGAACAAUGAACUGACAGUACUGAAAUCAAAAUGAUAUCAAUAAUUUGUUUAUGGAGUUUUCAUUGUGCCUUUGUCUUUAUUCGAGAACCAAGUUGGCCCUUACGUCAAAUGGGAUGCUAAUAAUCUUCUAGGGACACUCGAGUCAAAGCAAAUUUUUUUUUUAUCUCCAAAUGGUCUCCUCCUAGUAAGCUCCUAGUGUUGUUCUGUUUAGUUAACAACACCGAUGCUAAUACUAGCUGUUAUUGCCUACAAUUUAAGAAAGAUGAUUUCAAAACCGAAUUUCUUAACAGAAGACAUUCAUGGGUUAAGCAAGGAAUGGUUCAGAAGUGUCUUUUGAGGAAAUAUCUUGGUGAUGUUGCCUAUAUCCUUGCCAUUAAGAUCUAUACAGAUAGACCGUGGAGGUAAGUACCUACAUAGAAAAAGUGCUGGAGAGAUUCAACAUGUAUGAAUUCAAGAGAGGGUACUUAAUAUUAGGCAUGACAUAGUUUUUUUUUGUUAAAUACACUUGUAUAUCCAAAACUUUCACGGUUAUGCCAAUAAUAUUCAAAUUUCUCGAAAUACCACUUAUAUCCAAUUCCUUCACAUUUUUUAACGGUGUUUUUGGAUAUACAAUUGUAUUCAACCAAAAAUAUAUUGGGAAAUGGAUAGAUUUGGCAAAGAAUAACUUUAAAACAUGGAUAUAAGUGGUAUUUCAGGAAAUUUGGAUAUUAUUGACACAACCGUGAAAGUUUUGGAUAUACAAGUGUAUUAAACCUUUUUUUUAUAAAUCACAACAACAAAUAAAGAGAGAGAAACAUCGUAUGAGUGAGCACAUGUAUGAUUUUACCAUAAAAUCUAUCAUAUGUACCAUGAUUGGUGUUGGGAACUUUGUAGUUUGUAUUCAUAGCCUAUGCCAAACUUGAAAGGUGAUCAAAAUUUUACCUUAUUUUAGUCAAUCCAAAACGAAAGCAGAUAACAACUAACAAUAUUCAUAAAUAUAUUAACAAAAUACCAAAGGAAGAAGGAAAUAUGAAAUGGGGAGAUUGUUGAGUGAAUUAAGGGAACAUUUUGUUGCAAAAAGGGUGUUCAAAUGGUUAGGGAGAGGAACUAUGCCCAAAUUAAAGUACUUUGAGGAACUACCCAUGAAAGGGUAGAAGAGACAUGAAUAGAGAGAAAGAAUUACAAAGAAGGGUCUUUUUGUGCUAAAAAACCCUUUUCCAAAUCUCCCCCAUUUCUUCGUUAACCAUUUACUACUAUCUCUAACCUCACUCAAGAACAAAAAACCUGCACAAAGUCACUCUACUUGAAGAGAGGAUACCCACAUAAUAGUAUCCAAAUAUCACAUAAUUAGUAUCCAGAUAAUACAUAAGAGUAUUCAUA